CGCAACUGUAGUAGCGCUGAUGCGGAUCUCGGGCUCACAUACGGUGUCCAUUCUUGCUCUUGUAAUCGAUCCCGUUCGUAUGACUGGAGGGCUAGCAUGUUUUGCUGGACUCCAAAUUCUAACUAAUUUAGGUGUCACUUCGUAACGGAGACAGGGAACCGAGUGUCCCUUGCGGACAUGGCUCAUCGUAGAAGUGCAUUUAUACUAUGGCCGCAGUGAUUUAGACAGUGAAGUGAAUGAUACUUCUACCUCUGUUUAACAGCGACUUGAGUAUAAACAUUUCCGCAUUACAUUCACACUCUCAUGGUUGGCUUCAGUUAUCCCGUCGUGCUUGCUCUUUUUGUGUUCUCCAUUUUGGUUAAACGGUACAUCAAGAAGAAUAAAGACAAUCCAGCAGGUCUACCUUUACCCCCUGGGCCCCCACGGCUUCCUAUUGUUGGAAACUUGUUUGGUAUUAAAGACUUAGGAGCACAGUGGUUGAUGUAUGCAGAAUGGGGCAAAAAAUAUGGCGACCUCCUCUAUCUUGAGAUACUUGGUCAGAAGAUAUUGGUCAUUAAUACGGAGCAGAUUGCACAGGAGCUUCUCAAUAAGCGAUCUCAGAAGUAUUCCGACCGCCCCCAAGUGUUGAUGGUCAAGUUAAUGGACUGGAGCUUCAAUGUGGGGUUCAUCCUAUAUGGUCCUUCAUGGAGAAAACAUAGAAAAGCCAUGCAUCAGGCAUUAAAUCCCCAGGCCAUGCUUUCCUACCAGGACCUCCAGCUCAGCAAGGUCCAUCAGAUGAUCCACAACAUCUUAGCUAUUCCACACGAAAUGGAAGCUCACCUGCGAACAUUCACGGCGUCAAUGAUCAUGCAAGUCGUGUAUGGUUAUGAAAUGGCUCCGCGGGACGAUUUAUUUGCUUCCAUCACCGAUCGGGCCAGUGAGAUGCUGACAAAUUCGUUUUUUCCUGGCGCUGCAUUGGUCAAUACAUUCCCUUGGUUCCAACACUUGCCGGAAUGGUGCCCAGGGGCAGGCUUUAAACAGUAUGCUCGACAAUGCCGAAAGCUCACACGUGAGUUGCGUGACAAGCCAUAUGAGUAUGUGCAGAAAACAAUGGCCAAUGGCACAGCACCACAAUCAAUGGUGUCCCAGAUGAUUGAAAAACAGGAAGAAGAAGCCGUGAUCAAAGCGGUUGCAGGUACAACAUACGCAGCCGCUGUUGAAACUUCAUCAUCAGCGCUGUCAGCUUUCAUGAUGGCGAUGAUUAUGUUCCCUGAAGUACAAAAGAAAGCUCAGGCAGAGAUCGAUCAAGUCACUGGAGGCACCAGAAUGCCUGAUUUUGGCGACAGGGAGUCGAUGGUUUAUCUCGAAGCCACAUAUUGCGAAGUCUUGCGAUGGUGCCAGGUCACGCCACUGGGGGUACCUCACAUGACAACAGAGAGUGAUGUGUACAAUGGAUAUUUUAUUCCAAAAGACACAAUUGUCUUUGCCAAUAUAUGGGCGAUGACACAUGAUGAAAGGAUGCACCCUGAACCCUCUAGGUUCAUGCCUGAGCGUUUUAUUCAGGAAGAUGGAACACUUUCGAACGACCUCGGACAGCAACAAUUUGGAUUCAGAAGACGGAUUUGUGUUGGGAAAUAUCUCGCUGAGGCAUCAGUGUGGAUCGCUAUGGUGUCCAUUCUCGCUGUGUUCGACGUGAAGAAGGCAACGGAUGAGUUUGGGAGUGAAAUCGAUGUCACCCCUCAGUACACACCAGGUGUGAUUAUUCAUCCAAAACCCUUUCCAUUCUCGAUUACACCUAGGUCACAGAAGGCAGCAGCAAUGGUCCAGCCUGCUGCGUCUUCGACGGGUUGUGGGUUACUAGCGUGAUGGUGGUCUCAUUGUGUGGAAUGGCGAUGACUGCCAGUAUGUAUUUAAAACACGUCUCAGAUCUCGCGCGAUAUAUCAGUGAAAGGGUUUGUGUUUUAUGAUGUCAGUAGUACAAAAAAUGUAGCAGGGGACAAUGAUGGCAAAU